AUGGAGACGCGGGACUACCUGGAUUCCACGCAGGGCUACAGGAGUGCUCCUGUCAACCGGAUGGAUUUGACGUGGUUCAAUGAAUGCUCUUUUCUUGAGCGCUUUGAGCCAUCCUGGAGGGCGUAUCAUGUUUUGGUUCUCAUCGAUGCCUAUGAUUCCUUGAACCGUGUGCCUCAGCCUUUGUGGAUUGAAGAUGGACCUUUGGCGCAAGCCUUGCCGCGCUUGCUCGAGGAGGUCGGUGUUGUGGCAGCGAACGUGCCGCCGGGCUUUCCCACGCUGCGGCUCAUCGCCAGCUACUUGCAGGCCUUGGGCACAGAUGCACAGGAGACACCAGCUUUGACCUUCGAGGCUAGGACUGAGUGCGAAGUGUCGGGCGAAGUGUUGGUGCAGCUGGCGGCGAUCGAUGUGGAAGAGCAGGUGGUGAAAGUGUUGAAGAGGCACUUUGGAGUGGACAUUUGGAUGGAAGAGAUUUCGAGGAAUCUGAAGGUGUUGGUGUUCCAAGAGAUUGGAGCUACGAGGUUUCAACAGAGAUGGUUCUAUGAAGACUAUGCCGAGAUACAUGACGACGCAGUUUCUUGUCUUUCUUGGCAAUCGGUUUCUUUGCACUCCAGGCGAUCACCACCAAUGGCAACACAGCACUCUUGUUAG